CAGGCGCGUUGUCUGUGUAAGCCAAGAGAAGAAGCAAGUGUGGCUUGAGUCAUGUCGACGACCUUUGGCGUCCCCAUCAACGAUGACACACUGAAACUAAUGUCUAGAUACACUGGCAAGAAGAUAACCCAAGAAGACCGUGCGCGGGAAGCGAUGCGGCUGAUCCAUGCUGAAGACAAGCACUUGAGCGCUCUCAACCACGCGCUCGACCUCAAGAAUUCACAUGGGAUAUUUGGGAUUGGGGUGACAGCCAUGGUCCUCAUCUACAACGCCACCGGCGACACGCUGGUGCUGCAGGUUGUAGAGCAGCAGAAGGACUGGUCUGGCGAGGUGGCCAGGGAGCUAAGCUUCUUUCACCCCACAGUCUCCUUCCAGAACGGCCAGUGGAUCGCCUUCGUCCAUAUGGACUCCACCGAGUCAGAGGCGGCCCGGGUCUUUCGAGGCCGAGAUAUCACAGGCCAGGUUCGUGACUAUAUGGUUGCCUGGUCCGUCUCUUGGAGCAGGAGAACAAACUCAGCAUACACUGAGGUACGUGAGAAAGAACACUUCCCAAAGUUGUGGGAUCACUACAAGGGUUUACUGGAGAAGGCAGGCAAAGUCACCAGGGACCAAACCGAUGAGUAUUGUGCAUCCACUAUUAGUGUCGGUGGGUACACUUCCUCGGAAGUCAUUGCAGUAUUGCAGCACAAGUUUAGCCCUUUGCUAGAGGGUGGAACUAUAAUCCCACCGCCGUUGCCGUCCCCGUGGCCUAGAGUGGGAAACAUCGCCAGCCGGUGGCGCGAGCUCCAUGGCGCGGGGUCGUGGGAAGGGCUCCUGGACCCGCUGGACGCCGACCUCCGGGCCUCCAUCAUCGCCUAUGGCGAGCUAGCGGAGGCGGCCUACGAUGGGUUCAACUCCGACGAGUCGUCGCCGGAAGCCGGCUCGUGCCUGUACAGCCCCGCCGAACUGCUCGCCGCCUCUGGCGUGUCCCACCCAGAGUACUUCACCGUCACCAAGUACGUGUACGCGUCCUGCGGGUUCCUGCCCCUCGUGACAACUGAGCUGGGGGCGUCCGGGGGACUGUCGGCGGCCGUGGUGCCGGUGCCGCCAGUGGCCGCGGCGUUCUUCGUGCUGCCCAAGCCAGAGCUGCGAGAUGGGCCAAUGUGGAGGGAGUGCAAUUGGAUGGGGUUCGUGGCCGUGGCUACGGACGAAGGAGCAGCGGCGCUAGGGAGGCGCGACAUCGUGGUAGCAUGGCGCGGCACCGUGCAGAAACUGGAGUUUCUGAGUGACGGAAUAUUUUCGUUGGGCUGCGCUAAGCCCGUGCUGCAACCCAUUCCUGGCCCCUUGGCGGCCGCCUACAAUAACGCCAAGGUGCAUGAUGGUUUUCUGACCGUGUACUUGACCGGGGACGAAUACUCCCAGCACUACAGGACCUGCGCCAGAGAUCAGGUCCUCGAGGAGGUACGGAGGCUAAUGGAUGUGCACAAGGACGAGGUGACCAGCAUUACCGUCACCGGCCACAGCCUCGGCGCGGCGCUCGCCACCCUCAACGCUGUUGACAUGGUUGCCCAUGGUGUCAAUGUGCCCCCCGCCUCCUCCAAACAGCCGCCGUGCCCCAUGACUGCCUUCCUGUUCGCAUGCCCGCGCGUCGGAAAUGAUAGUUUCAAAUCUGUCUUCGCCUCGUUCGAUCUCCUCCGCGCCAUCCACGUGAAGAACAAAAACGACAUAGUCCCGACACUACCACCGGAAGAUUUUGAGUACGUGGACGUGGCGACGGCGACGCUGCCCAUCAAUACGGACCGGUCAAAGUUCUUGCGUCCUGGCAACGUGCUGACGUACCACAACCUUGAGUGCUAUCUGCACGGCGUUGCCGGGGACCAUGGCAACAAGGAUUUCUGGCUGGAGGUGGAUCGUGACAUCGCGUUGGUGAACAAGAGUGCCGACGCACUGAAAUAUGAGUUUGGGGUGCCAGCAAAUUGGUGGGCCGAUAAGAAGAAGCUCAUGGUUAAGGGCGCUGAUGGCCGCUGGAAGCGCAAGGAUGACCUCAAGGAAGCCUAGUUAAGUGGCUAAGUUACUGCAUGCACCAUCGGCGGCAUGGCUUACUACCUACAAUAAUAAAUGCCGAUGCUUAGUUGUGUGUUUUACAUUUUCAACCUUUCUAUAUAUAUGCAUGGUGUGUGUGUCUGUGUGUGCCUAUCUAGAGUUGUUCAUGUCCCAAGUUUCAGUUUGAUUGUUGUUGUUGUGUGUCAGGUAUUCUAUGUCUCUUUAUUUGAUAUAAUAAAUCCAGCUGGAGGGCUUUCAUGA